AAACAUUCUCUCCGCCUCGCCAUCCGAAAUAACUGCACAAUCCCGCCAUCUGUUGCACCGCCCAACAUCUCGUGGCUGUGUAUCAGAUACUGUAUUUGUUUCCUGCGCCCAUCACCAGCUCGUUUUCUCUCGCUGUGCCCUUGGUCAGACCUUGCUUUUCCACUUUCCCCCAUAGCCUACAAGCCCACCCACCUCCCACUCUCUAUCCUUGGCCUCGUUGCCGCAAGCCAGACUUACGUUGGCUUUUCGACACAGUCGAGCUAUAUGCCAAGAUCUGCCACCCAAAACGACUGACCCAGGCCUAAUCGUCCUUGUGUCCAGGCACAAUGGCCAAGGCCGACUUGACACGCGAUUACUAUGGUGAUCUGGAGAUUGCACCCAAUGCCACUGAGAUUGAGAUCAGGAAGCAGUUCAGAUCCCUGGCUUUGAAAUACCACCCAGAUCGCAAUCCAGGACGCGAGCUCGAAGUUAAUGCGAAAUUCCAAACGAUCCAGUCAGCACACGAAGUCCUCACCGACCCAGAACAGCGAGCAAAAUACGAUGUAGGACGUUCCAGAGGCGGCGGCGUUGGAGGUGGCUUUGCGUCGCAAGCCCGUCCCGCAUCUGGAUUUGCACGAGGCAACCCAUGGGCAAACGUUGCUACCGACUUCCCUCCUCCCCCAAGAGCGCCACGAACAAGAGCUCAGCCGCCACCGCCAUCUGCAGGUGCCCAGCGAUAUGCGAACAAUUUUAAGCCUGGCUCGGGAGCAUAUACGUCGGCUUCAUCCGGGGCAAAGCCAGCAGAGGAUGAUGGGGCCGAGGCACGACGAAAGACAUAUGAGGCCUGGUCAACAAUGCGGGGUGGAAAGGCGCCUCCUUCAUAUAACCCCCAUGGAUAUCAGCCAACACCAGGCACGGACGACAGAAGAAGCUCCCGCCAGCAAGCCCCAAAGCCCCAACCACCACCGAUUCCAAAGAGGAACGGCUACGCCCCUGGCGCCGCUGGUGGAGACGAACCGGCUGCCGCGAAUACCUCCGCAUAUUAUACACAACGCGCAGGCAGGGCACCAACUGCAAAGCAACAGCCACCACCUCAGAAGACCCCACCAAGAAACGCGCCUGUGGACCCUUUGAGACAGUUCAGAGAGAAGACUGGAACACCAUUGGAGCCGCGACUAAGCACUCCAUAUGCGAGCCAUGGAGGCGAAAAGACGGACCCAUUCGAGUCGGUCAACCUCAGCAGAUCCAACAGCACUAGAACUCCGUCUGGAAGGACCGAUGGCGGUAGGGGUUCUGGCUCGUCAAGGACCCGUGAGAGACACCGUAGUGCAAGCCCAAGUCGACCCGGUGGUACCCCUCACCUGUCACCCGAGUUCAAUGCUGGCAGCAGAGUUGGGUCAGACACCAAUCUCAACACUUCUCCCAAGCGGACCUUUUCCCGAGCAACCAGAGCUAGCAAUAUGAGCGAGCCAUGCACCGCUGAACCUAUUGUGGACUACUCGAGCUCAAGCUCAGACGAAUCGGAGGACGAUGAACAGUCCGGAUCAUUCGGCACGAGGCAGAGAGUGUUCGCGAAGAGCAGAUCUCGGAGAACACAAGCCCAAGCUACACCAACCGGAACUGCUCAAGCAUCGCAUCAUCAGCAGAGCCAUGGCGCACAGAACGCGGGGGGACCAAACGCUGACCCAAAAAUCUUUACCUUCCAAGUCGACGGCGAGACGUACACUGCGCACUCGGUGCCACGACAGUUCCCUACUAGCAGCACAGAGAACAUCAGCACGACUUUCACUCCUACAGACUGGCACGGUAAAUUCGAAGCCGGCGAGGAUUAUUUCGGAAAGGAGGCCGCUGCUCAACCGGCCCGCGAUAACUCUACCAGUCGCGCUCGAAACCGAUCUCCGCCAAAGCCACGAGUUCCACCGGUCAGCACCAAGUCGCCAUAUCCGAAUAUCGACCCCGAGAUCCUCCAGCAGUCGAGCGGUACAGAUGGCGCCACGUCGUCUCCUGGCGGCACGAAAUUCACCGCCGAAGAAUGGGCGCAGACGUUCAAACCUGGCAUUUUCGCACCACCUCCACAUCCUUCCACAGGAUCGCUGAAUAGGUCUCGCACCAACACGAGCAGGCGCGCCAAGGCCAGUUCGUCGUCGAGCAAGGGGCCGCCUGUGACCAAGGGGCCGCCUGUGACCAAGUCUACUGGAACAGCUCCGAUGGUCGAUAGCGAUGAUGAAUCCGACAAACCGCUGUUCAUGGGUUCUCGACCCGUACCAGGCGCGGAAACUGGCACGAGUACAUCCGCCCAGCCACCCCUCGUCUCAAGCCCGACGGCAAUGGACAUCGACCCCCCUCAACCGCCAAACGACGCGCGAAACGUCUACGACGAGCCCACCCGCGCCGAAUGGCGCCCCAGCGACACCACGAGCACCGCCUUCGCAGCCCCCCCAGCCUCCGCCCCCGGCCCAGCCCUCCCCCCCAAAGAAGCCCUAAAUACCCAACAACGCAGCACCUCCGGCCUAGCUGCCAACCUCGACGAUCUCAAGAAAACAGAACCACUCUACACACCACCCGCCGGCCUGUCAUCUUUUGUUGACCUGACGUCGAAUCUCCCGUUUGCUUCGAAAGCAGCGACUGCGGCGCCGAUUGGGAGGGGGUCUAAACCCGCACACCUCGACCUCCCGCAACCCCCGCGCGGCCCGAGCCCGCCCGCUAUCGCACCGGACGCUCCGCGCCCGACGCAGGCGGCGUGGGAUACGUAUAUGGCCGCUAUGCACGCGUACAUGGCGGCGUGGGACGCCUUCAACACCAAAAUGGUCUACCACUUUGUAGCAAGGAAGAACGAGGUCGAUGCCUUUCCCAAAGGGUGGCUGGGGACGAUUGGGGGGAGGGAGGUGGUGAGGUAUGUGGAGGGGGUGAGGGAGGAUGAGGUGGUGAGGACGUGGUGGGAUGCGGCCUGUGGACGGCAUGGGGGGGUGAUGGAGGAUUUUUGUUGGGCGAGGGAGGUGUUUAAGAGUGGGGUUGGGGUGGUGGGAGAGAGGGGGGAGAAGGGAGGGGGGAGGCUUUUUGGGGAUGUGUAGGUGCUGAAGGUUUGAGGAUUUGAGGAUUUGAAGGUUUGCGCGACACGAAUGGCAGGUGCGUUGUGUUGGUUGGGGGGUUGUUUUGUCGUUUAUGCAUGGCGCUGGAGAUGGGGUUUGGCGUGUGAAGCGUGGAGUUGGGGGGAUAUGCAUACAGAUGGGAUGACUUAUGGGUGUCUGGUGGGUGGAUGGUUGUAUUGUAUGUUAUGCGUUCUACUCAUUUACAGCGAGGUAUAGUGAAGCGGAACUAGACCACGGAA